CGCCUGCAGGCAGGUCGUUAGGCCGCCCAUUCACCUGCAGCGAGUCGCCACUGGAGCGAGGACACCUCACAGAAUGGAAUGGAAGAAAAGGCAACCAUGGCACCUUUUUCUGCUGGUGUCUCUUGUGAAAAUUCCAUCUGCCUGGCAAAUGGCCAGCAUCCUUUUUAUUGGACCAGACAAGCUUCCUGGAACUUACCAUUGCUCAGGCCAUGUACUUUCAAAUGGGUACAGAAGGAAUGAUCCGUGCCACACAUAUGUCAGAAAGAACAUAACUCUGCUUAGCAACAGUAAUUCUUCUGAAGGUGAAGAAACAACAUUUUGUGAAGACUUCAGAUUUACUGACACUUACUACAGCAUCGUUGAUCAGUGGCAACUUGUUUGUCAACGGAAAAUCCUGGUAUCAGUAUCGCAGUUGCUGUACUUGAUGGGAGUUUUGUUCGGAGGAGUGGCGUGCACAUUUUUGCUGUGGAUAGUGCCGCCAGAUGUGGUUCUGAUCGGUGGCACGACUGUUCAGAUACUCGCCGGUGUGGCUGUCGCUUUUACACCAUAUUUUGUUCUGCACUGUUUAUUGCGCUUCUUGACGGCAGCCGCAUGCACCUGUAUGUUCACCUCUGGUUACAUGAUAUGUACAACAAUGAUGAAAGGUAAAGGGAAGAUUGUGGCUUCAUGUUGCUACGAACAUCUCUGGUCUGUUGGAGUAAUUACUCUUCCGUGCAUAGCACACCUGUUCAACGACUGGCGUCACUUCCAGUUAGCUAUCUCGUUACCCAGUAUGGUCAUUCUCUUGUGCGCCAGGUUCGUGCCAAACUGCCCAGGAUGGGAACCUAGAAAGAAGAAAAAACAAAGAGCUAUUGAAGUAGGACAAGAUGCUUCACCGCCCAUCGAAAAUCAAAUGAAGGUGGCAGUAAUAGCGCUGUCAGAAACGAGUGCGAAGGACGAUAAAAUGUCGCUGCCCCCUUUGCGCAAGAGCUUCCGACGUUGGUCGAGGUACGCAGCGGUCCAUUGCAUCUGGAUUUUUACCUUAGUGAGCUAUUACGGUGGUUUGCUCAACGCCAAGAACUGGGGGUCCUCACUGCUGAUAAACACCAUCGGUGCAGGAGUAGCAGAAAUAGCAGGCACACUGCUUGGACUUUCGCUGCUUCUGUGGGCAUCAAAUUCGUGGCUCCCAAUGGGAAUAAUUAAUAUUACAGGAGGAUCGGUGUAUAUAUUAUCCUGGAUUUUGCCAGAUGACACGGGAGACCUGUACUACGUGCUAUUAAUGGUUGCAAUGUUUGGACGUGUGGCUAUAGCAACCUGCCUCACAGUUGUGACUUUUGCAACUGGAAGUGUUUUUGCUGAAAGCCACAGAGUGCUUGGGGUGUUCUCUUGUGUAACGCUCGGCCGGUGUGUUCUUCUGUUUGCUCCCUUCAUUGGAAAUCUGGCCGUUUUUGGGAAAGCAGUGCCUUUAACAGUUUUCGGAGCCUUCGCGGUUCUGGGAGGACUCUUUGCCCUGAUAUUAACUGCAUGUUCAGGCGACAUUGAUGGUGCUGGGACGGAAAGUGUGGAAGAUAAGUCACAAGCAGCUGAAAAUGGAAAAAAGAGAGCUAACAGAAGCGAAAAGGUGGAAGAAGGAAGUUAUGGUACAUAUAGGAGACGAAUGUCUACUUAAAGCCUCGCGCUAUUGGAAAAGUUUUGCAGUGAGCUAUAUUAUUGAGAAAAAGCAGUUCACGGAAGCAGCUUACGGCCGAAGUACUGCUUACGUGUCACGUGUAGAAAGAUGAGACAAAGCCAACGAAUGCACUCGCAUUCUUCUGGUGGACAAAUGUUGUGGAAAGAAAAAUGAUUAUAGUUAACAACCUGUCUACAAUGAGGUUGUUAGUGAUAAGAGAAAUGUAUCGAGUUAGUAAGUAGGAAACAUGCGACUGUGAUAUAUUUAUAAUCUUUCUCUCGUUAAGAGUUUACGGAACAGAAAUAUAAAAAGGGGAAAAAGGAAAAUCUAUCAAUGGCUACACAAACUACAAGUUUGCAGCCUCCUAUUUCGUUUGUAGCGUUUUGUUCAACAAAUGAUGCGUGCUGGCUUUUAAAGCGAGAACAUGCAUGCCAUACGUGCUAUUGUUUUAGAUUACAGUUUCUAUAUGCACCUUAUGAAUCUCGAUACAAAUUGUCAGUUUUCUGAAUCUAUGACAGUCUUAUGAAGACGUGUUUAUCAACUACUGAAGGGUAACGUAACAAUGCGACCGAUAAAUUACGAGGGUUGGAACUUUAAUAGUGGCAACUAUUUAUUUACAGCUCGUACAAAAUAGAUACGUGUUUCAAAGUUUUAUUGACCUUCAAAGUGGUCACCAGCAUUGUGUAUAACCCGUUUCCAGCGAUGUGGAAGUCGUAGGAUACUGUUAGCAG